GGGCGCGCGCGGGCAGGCAGGCGGGUGCGCGCGCGCGCGGGUCCCACUCCUGGCAUCGCUUUGCACUUGCAAUUGCAGCAGGAGCAGGAGCAGGAGAGGCGGCCUCUUCUUUUCCCUUCUCGGCGGAGGAGCCGAGGCGCAGGCUGCAGCAUGCCGGUGGAAGAAGGGGGCCUGCGGGUGUUUCAGAGCGUCCGGAUUAAAAUAGGAGAAGCUAAAAAUCUUCCUACAUAUCCUGGGCCAAACAAGAUGAGGGAUUGCUACUGUACUGUAAACCUGGACCAGGAAGAGGUUUUCAGGACCAAAAUAGUGGAGAAAUCAUUAUGCCCCUUUUAUGGAGAAGACUUUUACUGUGAAAUUCCACGGAGUUUUCGUCAUCUGGCAUUUUACAUUUUCGAUAGAGAUGUUUUCCGCAGGGAUUCAAUCAUUGGAAAAGUAGCAAUAUUAAAAGAAGAUUUACAGAAGUAUCAUAACAGAGACACGUGGUUUCAACUGCAACAUGUUGAUGCUGAUUCAGAAGUACAGGGGAAAGUCCAUUUAGAGCUGAGGCUCAGUGAAGUCAUAACAGACACUGGUGUAAUUUGCCAUAAGCUUGCCACAAGAGUUCUAGAAUGCCAAGGAUUACCUAUUGUAAAUGGACAGUGUGAUCCUUAUGCAACGGUUACCUUAGCAGGACCAUACAGAUCAGAAGCCAAAAAGACAAAAGUUAAGAAGAAGACAAACAAUCCACAGUUUGAUGAAGUGUUUUAUUUUGAGGUUACCAGACCUUGUAGCUAUAACAAGAAAUCCCAUUUUGAAAUUGAAGAUGCUGAUGAAGUUGACAAGAUGGAAAUCAGAGUUGAUCUUUGGAAUGCAAGCAACUUGAAGUUUGGAGAUGAAUUUCUAGGAGAACUAAGGCUACCUCUGAAAUGUCUCCGGCAAUCUAGCUCUUAUGAAGCAUGGUAUUUCCUGCAGCCCAGAGAUAAUGGAAACAAGUCAUUGAAACCUGAUGACCUGGGUUCCUUGCGGUUAAAUGUGGUUUAUACUGAAGACCAUGUUUUUCCUUCAGACUAUUACAGCCCACUUAGAGACCUCUUAUUAAAAUCUGCAGAUGUCGAGCCUGUUUCAGCAUCUGCUGCCCACAUACUGGGUGAAGUCUGCAGGGAGAAACAGGAGGCAGCCAUACCUCUGGUCCGACUCUUCUUACAUUAUGGCAAAAUUGUGCCUUUCAUUAGUGCAAUCGCAAAUGCUGAAGUGAAAAGAACUCAAGAUCCAAACACAAUUUUCAGAGGAAACUCAUUAACCUCCAAGUGCAUUGAUGAAACAAUGAAACUGGCAGGAAUGCAUUAUCUUCAAGUUACGCUAAAGCCAAUCAUUGAUGAGAUUUGCCAACUCCAUAAGCCUUGUGAAAUUGAUCCAGUAAAGUUGAAAGAUGCUGAAAAUUUGGAAAAUAACAGGGAAAAUCUUAGGCAAUAUGUAGACCAGAUAUUCACAGUUAUUACAAAAUCUGGAGUCAGUUGCCCUACAGUCAUGUGUGAUAUCUUUUUCUCAUUGCGGGAGUCAGCAGCCAUACGUUUCCAAGACGACCCUGAUGUUAGGUACACAGCAGUGAGCAGCUUCAUUUUUCUGAGAUUCUUCGCACCUGCAAUUCUUUCUCCAAAUCUCUUCCAUCUUACACCUCAUCACCCAGAUCCACAAACCUCGAGAACUUUGACACUGAUUUCCAAGACAAUACAAACAUUGGGCAGCUUGUCAAAGUCUAAGUCUGCCAGCUUCAAAGAAUCCUAUAUGGCUAUAUUUUAUGACUACUUUAAUGAACAAAAAUAUGCUGAUGCAGUAAAAAAUUUCCUAGAUUUGAUUUCAUCCUCUGGAAGAAGAGAUCACAAGAUUAUAGAACAGCCAAUCCUACUAAAGGAAGGGUUUAUGAUAAAGAGGGCACAAGGCAGAAAACGAUUUGGUAUGAAGAACUUCAAGAAGAGAUGGUUUCGACUUACUAACCAUGAAUUUACUUAUCAGAAGAGUAAAGGUGAUCAUCCCUUAUGCAGCAUUCCAAUUGAAAACAUCCUGGCAGUAGAAAAAUUAGAGGAGGAGUCCUUCAAAAUGAAAAAUAUGUUUCAAGUGAUUCAGCCUGAAAGAGUCCUGUACAUCCAGGCAAAUAACUGUGUGGAGGCCAAGGACUGGAUUGAUAUCCUCACCAAAGUUAGCCAGUGUAAUAAGAAACGUCUCACUGUCUACCACCCUUCGGCAUACCUUAAUGGGCACUGGCUGUGCUGUAAAGCUACAGCCGAUAAUACUCCUGGCUGUACUCCCUGCACUGGGGGCCUACCAGCAAAUAUACAGUUAGACAUAGAUGGAGAUAGAGAAACAGAACGCAUCUAUUCCCUAUACAAUUUGUAUAUGACUAAAUUGGAGAAAAUGCAAGAGGCUUGUGGAAGUAAAUCUGUUUAUGAUGGGCCAGAGCAAGAAGAGUAUUCAACCUUUGUCAUUGAUGACCCUCAGGCAACCUACAAAACACUAAAACAAAUUGUUGCUAGUGUUAAAAACUUAGAGCAAGAGCACGCCCAGUACAAGAGAGAUAAAUUCAAGAAGACAAAAUAUGGAAGCCAGGAACAUCCUAUUGGGGACAAGAGCUUCCAGAGUUAUAUACGGCAGCAGUCAGAAAUCUCAGCCCAUUCCAUUUGAAGUUUGAAGGAAAUCACAAGAUGGUGUUGCUGAAAGGUUGAACUGAAAAACACAGAGAAAAGCCACCUGUAGCAAGAUGUACAUAACAAGUGUCAAGCUUGCUGAGGCUUGCUAAUUGUUCUCUCUCUUUCUCUUUCUGUCUCUUUCUUUCUCUUGUCAAGAACUGUUACAAUAGUUGCUAUGCACUUUAUUCAUCUGAGAUUAACAGAUGAAGGAACUCUGCCUUCUAGGCAGUUUUUGUCAUACAUGUUGUGUUUUGUUCUGGGUUUUUUUUUAAAGUGUUGACCUGGUUUCUUGGAACUUAGUGAUCAGUUCAAUGAUCAAGGUUUGUGGACUUCUUUGGCAUCUUCCACAAUCUUUUAUGUGGUCAAAAGCAUUUUUCUAAACUUCUUGUUUUUGACUGGCUGACUCCUUUUGUGUUAUGCCACAUAGUAAUUUGAGAAGACUUUUCAGCAUCUGCUUUUUAGGAGAGAGAAGCCCUUAUUUUCCGGGUAGAGCCUCUCCACACUGCCACUUGCAUUCCAAAGCAGGUAGAAGAGGGCGGUAUUUCGGUCUUAGCAUCAGCAGCAUAAUGUUUGAACAAAACUUGGGUUUUUAAGAGAAAUUCUAAUGUUUAAUGGUACUUCUUAAUAUUUUUGAGAUAAAAAUUGUUUCAACCAAGGUAUUCAGUCCAUUUCUAUUUUUGCUAUAAAGUGGUGCCAUAAAUCUGAAUGAUACAGGUCAAAGUGAAGAGACGAUGUGCAACUUCUACAUAGACACAUGGAAAUAAGUUGGUUUGGAUAUUUCAGAUACAGUUUUUCUUCCUUUUGUAAGCAGGUUUUGCACCUCAAAUGCAACAUACUUCCUUCAUCUGUAAUAAUUCUAUGUUGGGGAGGGGGAGGCACUUAUACCGUGUGCAAGGGUUUUGUCAUAUGUGAUAAAGGCAUUUGUUCCUUAUGACUCUGUGCACAUACAGUAGAUAGAAAAAAAAAAGAUCUACCGAUAGAUUAAAAUGAACUUCCUAUGAAAUAGAAUCAUUUUGAACCUUACCAGGUUCAUCCUCAGGGAAAUAUGAAAAGCUGGAAACUGCUGUAUUCUCUUGUAAUACCUUUCCUAGAGAGACUGGCUGCUACAAACUUAAUGCAAGUAUAUUUGAGACAGAGAAAUUAAUGUGAGUGAGGAAAAUCCUUGCACUGUGCUUCCUACUGCACAUGGUUCCUGCAUCCUAGGCAGAAGUACUAUCCAUGUAGGAAAACAACAUUCCAGACAAAGUGGGCUAAAGUGGGAGAGAGUUGUAAUUUGUGAAUGGCUCAUUAUAAUCAGGAGACAGUGCUGCCUUAACUUUUCAGGGGGGAAAUAUUUGAAGAAGGGGACCUGUUAACAUGAAAUACACAAGGUGCCCUGGACAAAAAAAGUUGUGAAAACAUUCUGCCCUGAAUGGUGUUCAGAACAAAAAAAUUGUGUUCUCCUAGCUCUAGCUGAUUGGGUGGGAUAAAAGGUGUGGAAGAAAAGUGAUAUGUCAUUGUCGUGUUUUUUUUUAAUUGUGUUAACACAUGGCUGUACCUUGUUAAUACAGUUAUGAGUGUAAAUGAAGAGAAAUCAGUUGUGUACCUCAUACAUGCAAAUAAAUGUUGUUAAGGGUUAAGAAUGAAGAAAAGAUACGAGUGUAUGUGAUACACACUCACAAGUUCCCCAUCCCACAUACAAACACAGUGGCCUGAACUCAGACUAAUUUGGCCACACUUUGGCCCUGCUGAACUAAUGUCUUAAGUCCCAUAGAUUUCAGUUGACCCAAGCGUGACUAAUCUGUGUGUAUUUGCAUAGAUUUGGGCCCCCUCUACAUUCACCAUUUAGGCUAGUGUUGGCUUGGAUCAGCCUUCAGGCAGCCACAAAAUGGGCAUUGGCUAAUCUGGAAAACCAUUAAUGUGGUUGUACUCCAGGUUAAUAUAACUCAGGGGAAAGCCCAAAUCCUGCACCAGCAUUUGUGUUUCCACCCGAGUCAUUGCAGUCCAGACAUCCGUGGCCAGUUCCUACACAGAACAAGCCACUGGUGUCCCGACAACUAUCCUGCGCUCCCUGGACUCAGGUGGCUCAGGAAAGCAGGAUGGCUGUCCCUUCCCACCCGCUCCGCUUUAUAGCCAGGGGCCCAUAUUCUACCCACCUCAUACCAUGUUGCUGCUGGUUACAUCUUUGACAAGGUGGCCUACCUUAUGCUGGGGGCUUCUUUGACUAGUCUCUUGCGACUCGCAAAGAAGCAUAGGAGGAGGGAAAGAGGGGAUUUUACUUCUACCCUCCUUUGUGAAUCACAAGACAUAAGAGGUCAAAAAGGGCCCCAGCCAAAGAUAGGCCACUCUGUUGCUGAUGGGAAGGUGGAAGUUCAGCCCUUGCUCAGUGGCACUGAACUGGCUUUGGUGUGGCUGGACAAUAAGGAUGCCCUCCUGCUGCCGAAGUAGUUCAGCAUUUUGGACAUUUUAACGGGCUGUGUAGAACUUCUCAGUCACACACAUAUGCAUUACUGCCAGGAUUGUUGCACUGCCAGAACUUCUACUUUCAGCAGAACCAUGAGGAGCAGCCAUUUCCCCUGUCUCCUUCGCCCUUUAUAUAUCCUCAAAAGCUGCUUUGCAGUGAUAGGAAACUCUCCAAAACAUCUUUUCAGGUGGAGUGUGGAGGGUAGGGAAAGAAAGUCCCUUUGCACUAAAAGGAGUUUUGUUCACAGUAAGUUCGAUUUAGGCCAAUGUAUGUAUUUUGCUGUUUAGUUGUACGUCAUAGUCUCUCUUUAAAGGUUUUGGUCAGUGCAUGCUGGGUUUUGAUGAAAGCCCAAGUAAUUUGACAGAUUUUAGAGCAUAAACUGGGUUGUUUUUGGACCAUAAAGCAGCGGGCUCUCAGCUUGAUGUGAUGUUCUGUACCUUUGCAGAAUAGUGGAUCUAAACAAGACAUUAGUAUUCUCCAAGUGUCUGGAGCAUAAAAGAAAUAUUGAAAGUAAAUGUUUCCUUACCAGCCCCACAAUGUUCAGAUCUCAUAAAAAUCAAAUGUGCGGUUUCAUGCAAUCUCUAUUUUUUAAAAGCGGUUACACAUUUUGUUGUGGUUUUGUUUCUUUUGCAUUAUAGUACAUUGAAAAAACUAUAAGAUCAUCAUCUUCCAACACGGAAGCUGGGAAAUAACUCUAUUUCAUGUUCUGAACCGCCAUUGAAUGCCAGUUUUUUUAUGUAUUUGUUACUUAAUAAUCCUUGAAUUAAAUACUAAUGAAUUGCAAUGUGUGUUGUAUUUGCCAAUUAAAAGAAAUGUUUAUUUCUGAAAA